GGCGCGCCCCCGCAGACUCGCUCAGUCCGAGAGACGGAGGAUGAGGAAGAGGAUGAGGAUGAAGCUGGUCCUGGUCGUCUGUGUUUUCAUGUCGGUCGUCUGUGUUUUCAUGUCGGUAAUCACGGAUGCCUCACCUAACCACCGACCUGCCAGGUCUGCUGCUGCUGAGGCUGCGUGGACGACAGGAAGUUCUGGAGUAAACUUAGAUGGGAAGAUGUUCACCUUGUCUAUUUAUCACGGAGGAAUAACCUUCUUCGCGCCGUACUUCCGUCCUCCCUGGUUAACUACGUCGGGUCAAGUCAGGACAGACACCACCCGCUACUACACGUCCACCACCAGGCCCAGAACCAGAACCACCGAACCCUGGACCAGAUCCUACCCCACCACCACCCAAACCCAGGAACCCGUAACCAGAUCCUACCCCCCCAGCACCCAAACACACCGACCCUGGACCAGUUCCUACCCCACCACCACCCAAACCCAGGAACCCUGGACCAGAUCCUACCCCACCAGUACCCAAACCCAGGAACCCUGGACCAGAUCCUACCCCCCCAGCACCCAAACACACCGACCCUGGACCAGAUCCUACCCUCCCUGGACCACAGCUCUGCCCACUAGAGGCGUCUCUGUGUGUUUCCGGUUCAUCACCGACAGGAUUCAGAUGAGCGGCCUCUUCACGCUGAGUCCAUCCAGCUACCCUCCUCUGGAGCUGAGGCUCGAUGCAGGCGGCAGGUUUGAGCUUUCGUACGGCAACUCCGUGUACCUGCGGCCUGCCAUCAGGCUGUGGCCAGAACUCAGGCAGAACAUGUGGAACAACAUCUGCCUCACCGUUGACUCCGUGAAGAGUGUGGCCCAGAUGUUUGCUGACUCCAACAUGAGUAUCAGGAAGCUGCUGCCAAACCGGUAUGUGUGGUCAGGUGAACCUGAGAUCAACUUCUCAGGCUUCGACGGGCAGCUGACGGACGUCCAGGUGUGGGAUUAUCCCCUCCGCUACAAGGAGGUGCUCUACUUCAUGAGCAGAGGCUCCUACGGUUCACAGAUCCAAGCUUCCGACGCCCACGCGCUCCCGGCAACCAGAUCGGGACACAGCUGCGAUUGAGUUCUCUGACUGAACCCCCCCCUCCCCGCUCCGAGCCCCUGUCUGCGAACCGGCGCAGGGAUCGGGGACGGACGGCCGGCGUCUCGCCCGGCGUGAGCUCUCCCGGGGCCCGGACGGCCGCGCGUCGGCGACCGGCGCAGAGAGGGAAGCACGGCAGGAGAAGACCGGUCCCCCCCGCCGCGCCUAGGAAUGCGUGUGAGCCUCCGUUUGGUCCGGAACCACGGCCCGGCACGAGGCGGCCCCGCCGCUGUCUAAUCCGUUUCAGGGGAAGGGACGGGACGCGAUAUCCUGACUGCGAAACCCCAGCAGGACCGCAAACCCGGUCGACAAACCCGCAGGCCCCCGAUUCCGGAUCCCAGAGGAGACGUGAACCCGCGUAGCAGUGAUCAGUAGGAUUUAAGAGUGUUCAGAACUGUGUGUGAGAUUGUGAGACCUGGGUUAUCAGUAACUUAAGAGUGUUGCAGAGCUAAAUCUGUGUUCAGAGCUGAGAUUACAUCAUCAUUGUUAUCAUUAUCAUGGUUGAUUAAUUUGUAGUCACUACUUUCUGCUAGUCAUUCAUGUUUUAAAGCGCUGUUUUCUGCAGUUGAUCACGGUUUAACACCGGGAUCACCAUCCGGUCCGAUGGCACGUGGCCCAGAGGGCGCGUCCAUCUUUAACAGACCACAGGAGCCUCGUUUGAACUGUAGAUGUUCUGUAUCUUCAUUAUUAUUACAUUUGAUUCUUUUCUUUUCAUUCCAUGCAUUUAACGUUUAUGUUUCAUUUUAUUGAUUGUUGUUUUUCUAGUUAAUUAAUUGUUUUAUGGAUACUUAAGCCAUUUCUGCCAUCAGAUUUAUUUGGGUGUUGCGUUUAUCAUCUUUUGACACCCGUAUGUAAAUAAAUUCUGAUUGAUUUCUUUAUGAGUGGUUGUGUUAUUUCAUGCAAGAUUUGGUCACAAAUUGAUUUGUUUAAGCAGAGCCUAGUGUUCGGAUAUCACGCCUUCACUGUUAUUCUGUAAGAUUUGCUGUUCUGCAGGAUAAUUCAAAUCAUAAUGAGACUGAUUUUCUGCUGUUAGUUAUCGAAUCCCACCGGAAGUAAGGCCCCGGCGGUGGUGCCCCUACGAGAAUUAUCAUUUUUGAUAAUACAAUUUGAUAAAUAGUCAACUUUAUUAAUUAUUAAUAAUUCUUUAAUAGAAUUAUCAUUAGCCUUGAUAACUGGACAGCCAAGCUACCUAUGAGUUGCACAACAUAAAUGGCGCCCCAGCGUGAGGCUCUCUCGAAACGAUAUUUGUGACCAGUUUGCAUGAAAUAACAGAACAUUAAUUUUGAUCGGGAAAGAAAAUAUUUUUAUUUUUCUUCCCCCCUCAUUAUCUGAUUCCUACGGUUAUUUUAAUACAUCCCUGUUCUAAUGGCAACCUCGCCUCACUAAAGGGUGAUUGCUUGGUUAAGUUCUUUAAUUUUAUUAAUUUGAACUUUUAUUUUUCAUCACACGAUUAUUAAUCUUGUGAUUGAUUUCCUCUGCAACCUUGCUUCACUGAAGGUAAUGGUUGGGUUUGCUUUAAGUUCUGUUAAUUUUAUUAACCUGAACUUUUUCUAUCACUCAAUUUUUGUGAAUCUGUUUGAGUAAUUUCCUUUUGCAACCAGGUUCCAUGGAAACUAAUGGUUGGCUCGCUGUAAGUUCCUGAUUUUUAUUAAUCUGAACUUUUAUUGAGGGAUCACUAUUUUAUUAAUCUCUGAUUAAUUCCCUUUUGCAACCAUACUUAACUGAAGGUAAUGGUUGACUUAAUUUCUUCAAUUCUAUUAAUUGAACUGUUGCUGAUUACCCCAUGUGAGUUAUUAAUCUUCUCAGAUUAAUCUCUACUGUGUUUUAAGUUGAAUCUUCAAUUUAAAGUUAUUUAAAGAUUCCUCCCUUUUAAUUCACUUUAUUAAUUCCUUUCAGUUGGGUCUUGCUUCUAAGGUGAUAACCAAUACCCCAGUCUCUCAGGGUUUGUUAUCGGUUUAAUUUCUUCUAAUCUGGGUGAUAACGUGAGCUGACUUUGUUAAUAAGUGUAAUCUCUUGCCAGAAUCCCAAGCGAAGCGCUGGGGCCUGGAUCGUGAGCUGAGGUGUGGUUAUUAAUGGCAGAGAGCUCAUCGCAGUGGACGGAGAACCAGCAGAGGGGGACAUGCAGGCUGAUAGAGAUCGACCGACAGGCAAGUCUGUUCUUAGGCUGGACCCAAAAGUGGUGAGCCCGGUCAUCUCAUCCCCUGAGCCCCCUGGUCAGACACCACCGUGAGUAAGCCAAAAAUUAAUUACCCGAAAGGAGCUGCGGCCCUUCCCAGUUUUCACUGUUACUGACGCUGAAGAAGCAGCUCAGCGUUUUCUUAAAGUAAACCAGAGAAGAACAACCAAGGCGCAGACGCCGUACCUCAGAGCGAGGGGGGUCCCACGUUUGACCUUUUUUAGCAAAAGAACACUGAACAGCUGCAUUACCUUGUAUGCAGCGGCCCCCUCACAAUUUUUCUGACCCUGAAGUGGAAGUCCGCUCCACACCUGAAAGGGGGGUAGGAUACUUUGGGGCGUUAAAGAAAAUUCACGCCUACACACAAUUUCCAGGCUUCCACAGCCGACAUAAGUUAAUUUGUGUGUUUUUGUCGCCUAGCAAUUAAUCAAAGAGUGGUUAAAUUGUUGGCUUUUGAUUUUAGGUACAGUGUACAUACUGAAACCUAACUAACCCCUCCUUUUAUCUUUCAUCUACCGCACUUUAAGAGUGAUAUCACUGUGUUAGGUAAAUGAAUGAUGUUAUUGCUUUGAAUAUGUUUUUCUUUUCAUAUUUUUGUGCAUUGCUCGCCUAGUGGACUAACCAGGCUAGCCUCACGCCCCCAACCAGAGUUUAUGACCACAUGGACUGGUGCACCGUUGUUAGAUUCGACAACCAGACCCUGCAUUCCGGUUUUCGAUUCGAAGGGGGGAAUGUUGUGCGUCGCCCAUGUGAAAUCUGGACUUAUAAAUGUAUGAAUAUUUUGUGAUUUUGAGGACCUGUAAAACCAGACUUUGCCCCUUCUUCCUGAAGUCCUGCGACCCCCUGCUGCUAACUCCUGGUUAUCUCGGCCUGGGUCGAGAUAGUCCGUUUACGACCCCACUGCAUGGCCGGAGAUCAAAACAAGGACCCAGCAGGGUUUCUGCCAGGGAAAACAGACUUCCUUGGGGUUUUAUGACACCUAAGCAGGGGUCGGGAAGCAGCGGAGCCCUAAAACCAGGCCUCUUUGGACAGACACAAAACCUACCAGCAACCCCCCAGCCUGGAACUGGCUUUAAUGUGCCUCAUAAAAUGGCGACCGUGCCAUGAACCACAAUCCCAGCAUGCCUUGCGGGAUGGGGCGGCGCCUACAAGCGCGCGCAUCCAAUCGCAAUGAGGCACCGAUGACGUCACUGCAGCGCGCGUAGGAUCAAAACCCCUGCCGCUGCUUCUCUUCACUCUCUUCCGAUCAACCUCUCUUCCUGAGCAGCAGGACCAAAGGAUCCCAUCUCCCUUCUCUCCCCCCGGCUGGGGGGGAGGCGGAAGGCCCGCAACGGACCGGGCCUGCGGAGCUCCGGCUCCCAUUGACUCUCUUCUUCUCCUCUUCUACCCUUCUCAACUUCAUCUCAUCGGCGCUGGAUCUUUGGCCAGGCCAAAGCAUCCCAUCUCCUCUCUCUCCCCCCGGGCUGGGGGGAGGCAGGAGGCCCGCACCGGACCGGGCCCUGCGGGGUCCGGCCGUUGAAGCCGCGGUCCCCCGGGAGGCUCCGAUUUCUCACUAAACUCUGUUCCUCUUUAAGUUCACAGAUCCAAGCUUCCGACGCCCACGCGCUCCCGGCAACCAGAUCGGGACACAGCUGCGAUUGAGUUCUCUGACUGAACCCCCCCCUCCCCGCUCCGAGCCCCUGUCUGCGAACCGGCGCAGGGAUCGGGGACGGACGGCCGGCGUCUCGCCCGGCGUGAGCUCUCCCGGGGCCCAGACGGCCGCGCGUCGGCGACCGGCGCAGAGAGGGAAGCACGGCAGGAGAAGACCGGUCCCCCCCGCCGCGCCUAGGAAUGCGUGUGAGCCUCCGUUUGGUCCGGAACCACGGCCCGGCACGAGGCGGCCCCGCCGCUGUCUAAUCCGUUUCAGGGGAAGGGACGGGACGCGAUAUCCUGACUGCGAAACCCCAGCAGGACCGCAAACCCGGUCGACAAACCCGCAGGCCCCCGAUUCCGGAUCCCAGAGGAGACGUGAACCCGCGUAGCAGUGAUCAGUAGGAUUUAAGAGUGUUCAGAACUGUGUGUGAGAUUGUGAGACCUGGGUUAUCAGUAACUUAAGAGUGUUGCAGAGCUAAAUCUGUGUUCAGAGCUGAGAUUACAUCAUCAUUGUUAUCAUUAUCAUGGUUGAUUAAUUUGUAGUCACUACUUUCUGCUAGUCAUUCAUGUUUUAAAGCGCUGUUUUCUGCAGUUGAUCACGGUUUAACACCGGGAUCACCAUCCGGUCCGAUGGCACGUGGCCCAGAGGGCGCGUCCAUCUUUAACAGACCACAGGAGCCUCGUUUGAACUGUAGAUGUUCUGUAUCUUCAUUAUUAUUACAUUUGAUUCUUUUCUUUUCAUUCCAUGCAUUUAACGUUUAUGUUUCAUUUUAUUGAUUGUUGUUUUUCUAGUUAAUUAAUUGUUUUAUGGAUACUUAAGCCAUUUCUGCCAUCAGAUUUAUUUGGGUGUUGCGUUUAUCAUCUUUUGACACCCGUAUGUAAAUAAAUUCUGAUUGAUUUCUUUAUGAGUGGUUGUGUUAUUUCAUGCAAGAUUUGGUCACAAAUUGAUUUGUUUAAGCAGAGCCUAGUGUUCGGAUAUCACGCCUUCACUGUUAUUCUGUAAGAUUUGCUGUUCUGCAGGAUAAUUCAAAUCAUAAUGAGACUGAUUUUCUGCUGUUAGUUAUCGAAUCCCACCGGAAGUAAGGCCCCGGCGGUGGUGCCCCUACGAGAAUUAUCAUUUUUGAUAAUACAAUUUGAUAAAUAGUCAACUUUAUUAAUUAUUAAUAAUUCUUUAAUAGAAUUAUCAUUAGCCUUGAUAACUGGACAGCCAAGCUACCUAUGAGUUGCACAACAUAAAUGGCGCCCCAGCGUGAGGCUCUCUCGAAACGAUAUUUGUGACCAGUUUGCAUGAAAUAACAGAACAUUAAUUUUGAUCGGGAAAGAAAAUAUUUUUAUUUUUCUUCCCCCCUCAUUAUCUGAUUCCUACGGUUAUUUUAAUACAUCCCUGUUCUAAUGGCAACCUCGCCUCACUAAAGGGUGAUUGCUUGGUUAAGUUCUUUAAUUUUAUUAAUUUGAACUUUUAUUUUUCAUCACACGAUUAUUAAUCUUGUGAUUGAUUUCCUCUGCAACCUUGCUUCACUGAAGGUAAUGGUUGGGUUUGCUUUAAGUUCUGUUAAUUUUAUUAACCUGAACUUUUUCUAUCACUCAAUUUUUGUGAAUCUGUUUGAGUAAUUUCCUUUUGCAACCAGGUUCCAUGGAAACUAAUGGUUGGCUCGCUGUAAGUUCCUGAUUUUUAUUAAUCUGAACUUUUAUUGAGGGAUCACUAUUUUAUUAAUCUCUGAUUAAUUCCCUUUUGCAACCAUACUUAACUGAAGGUAAUGGUUGACUUAAUUUCUUCAAUUCUAUUAAUUGAACUGUUGCUGAUUACCCCAUGUGAGUUAUUAAUCUUCUCAGAUUAAUCUCUACUGUGUUUUAAGUUGAAUCUUCAAUUUAAAGUUAUUUAAAGAUUCCUCCCUUUUAAUUCACUUUAUUAAUUCCUUUCAGUUGGGUCUUGCUUCUAAGGUGAUAACCAAUACCCCAGUCUCUCAGGGUUUGUUAUCGGUUUAAUUUCUUCUAAUCUGGGUGAUAACGUGAGCUGACUUUGUUAAUAAGUGUAAUCUCUUGCCAGAAUCCCAAGCGAAGCGCUGGGGCCUGGAUCGUGAGCUGAGGUGUGGUUAUUAAUGGCAGAGAGCUCAUCGCAGUGGACGGAGAACCAGCAGAGGGGGACAUGCAGGCUGAUAGAGAUCGACCGACAGGCAAGUCUGUUCUUAGGCUGGACCCAAAAGUGGUGAGCCCGGUCAUCUCAUCCCCUGAGCCCCCUGGUCAGACACCACCGUGAGUAAGCCAAAAAUUAAUUACCCGAAAGGAGCUGCGGCCCUUCCCAGUUUUCACUGUUACUGACGCUGAAGAAGCAGCUCAGCGUUUUCUUAAAGUAAACCAGAGAAGAACAACCAAGGCGCAGACGCCGUACCUCAGAGCGAGGGGGGUCCCACGUUUGACCUUUUUUAGCAAAAGAACACUGAACAGCUGCAUUACCUUGUAUGCAGCGGCCCCCUCACAAUUUUUCUGACCCUGAAGUGGAAGUCCGCUCCACACCUGAAAGGGGGGUAGGAUACUUUGGGGCGUUAAAGAAAAUUCACGCCUACACACAAUUUCCAGGCUUCCACAGCCGACAUAAGUUAAUUUGUGUGUUUUUGUCGCCUAGCAAUUAAUCAAAGAGUGGUUAAAUUGUUGGCUUUUGAUUUUAGGUACAGUGUACAUACUGAAACCUAACUAACCCCUCCUUUUAUCUUUCAUCUACCGCACUUUAAGAGUGAUAUCACUGUGUUAGGUAAAUGAAUGAUGUUAUUGCUUUGAAUAUGUUUUUCUUUUCAUAUUUUUGUGCAUUGCUCGCCUAGUGGACUAACCAGGCUAGCCUCACGCCCCCAACCAGAGUUUAUGACCACAUGGACUGGUGCACCGUUGUUAGAUUCGACAACCAGACCCUGCAUUCCGGUUUUCGAUUCGAAGGGGGGAAUGUUGUGCGUCGCCCAUGUGAAAUCUGGACUUAUAAAUGUAUGAAUAUUUUGUGAUUUUGAGGACCUGUAAAACCAGACUUUGCCCCUUCUUCCUGAAGUCCUGCGACCCCCUGCUGCUAACUCCUGGUUAUCUCGGCCUGGGUCGAGAUAGUCCGUUUACGACCCCACUGCAUGGCCGGAGAUCAAAACAAGGACCCAGCAGGGUUUCUGCCAGGGAAAACAGACUUCCUUGGGGUUUUAUGACACCUAAGCAGGGGUCGGGAAGCAGCGGAGCCCUAAAACCAGGCCUCUUUGGACAGACACAAAACCUACCAGCAACCCCCCAGCCUGGAACUGGCUUUAAUGUGCCUCAUAAAAUGGCGACCGUGCCAUGAACCACAAUCCCAGCAUGCCUUGCGGGAUGGGGCGGCGCCUACAAGCGCGCGCAUCCAAUCGCAAUGAGGCACCGAUGACGUCACUGCAGCGCGCGUAGGAUCAAAACCCCUGCCGCUGCUUCUCUUCACUCUCUUCCGAUCAACCUCUCUUCCUGAGCAGCAGGACCAAAGGAUCCCAUCUCCCUUCUCUCCCCCCGGCUGGGGGGGAGGCGGAAGGCCCGCAACGGACCGGGCCUGCGGAGCUCCGGCUCCCAUUGACUCUCUUCUUCUCCUCUUCUACCCUUCUCAACUUCAUCUCAUCGGCGCUGGAUCUUUGGCCAGGCCAAAGCAUCCCAUCUCCUCUCUCUCCCCCCGGGCUGGGGGGAGGCAGGAGGCCCGCACCGGACCGGGCCCUGCGGGGUCCGGCCGUUGAAGCCGCGGUCCCCCGGGAGGCUCCGAUUUCUCACUAAACUCUGUUCCUCUUUAAGUUCACAGAUCCAAGCUUCCGACGCCCACGCGCUCCCGGCAACCAGAUCGGGACACAGCUGCGAUUGAGUUCUCUGACUGAACCCCCCCCUCCCCGCUCCGAGCCCCUGUCUGCGAACCGGCGCAGGGAUCGGGGACGGACGGCCGGCGUCUCGCCCGGCGUGAGCUCUCCCGGGGCCCGGACGGCCGCGCGUCGGCGACCGGCGCAGAGAGGGAAGCACGGCAGGAGAAGACCGGUCCCCCCCGCCGCGCCUAGGAAUGCGUGUGAGCCUCCGUUUGGUCCGGAACCACGGCCCGGCACGAGGCGGCCCCGCCGCUGUCUAAUCCGUUUCAGGGGAAGGGACGGGACGCGAUAUCCUGACUGCGAAACCCCAGCAGGACCGCAAACCCGGUCGACAAACCCGCAGGCCCCCGAUUCCGGAUCCCAGAGGAGACGUGAACCCGCGUAGCAGUGAUCAGUAGGAUUUAAGAGUGUUCAGAACUGUGUGUGAGAUUGUGAGACCUGGGUUAUCAGUAACUUAAGAGUGUUGCAGAGCUAAAUCUGUGUUCAGAGCUGAGAUUACAUCAUCAUUGUUAUCAUUAUCAUGGUUGAUUAAUUUGUAGUCACUACUUUCUGCUAGUCAUUCAUGUUUUAAAGCGCUGUUUUCUGCAGUUGAUCACGGUUUAACACCGGGAUCACCAUCCGGUCCGAUGGCACGUGGCCCAGAGGGCGCGUCCAUCUUUAACAGACCACAGGAGCCUCGUUUGAACUGUAGAUGUUCUGUAUCUUCAUUAUUAUUACAUUUGAUUCUUUUCUUUUCAUUCCAUGCAUUUAACGUUUAUGUUUCAUUUUAUUGAUUGUUGUUUUUCUAGUUAAUUAAUUGUUUUAUGGAUACUUAAGCCAUUUCUGCCAUCAGAUUUAUUUGGGUGUUGCGUUUAUCAUCUUUUGACACCCGUAUGUAAAUAAAUUCUGAUUGAUUUCUUUAUGAGUGGUUGUGUUAUUUCAUGCAAGAUUUGGUCACAAAUUGAUUUGUUUAAGCAGAGCCUAGUGUUCGGAUAUCACGCCUUCACUGUUAUUCUGUAAGAUUUGCUGUUCUGCAGGAUAAUUCAAAUCAUAAUGAGACUGAUUUUCUGCUGUUAGUUAUCGAAUCCCACCGGAAGUAAGGCCCCGGCGGUGGUGCCCCUACGAGAAUUAUCAUUUUUGAUAAUACAAUUUGAUAAAUAGUCAACUUUAUUAAUUAUUAAUAAUUCUUUAAUAGAAUUAUCAUUAGCCUUGAUAACUGGACAGCCAAGCUACCUAUGAGUUGCACAACAUAAAUGGCGCCCCAGCGUGAGGCUCUCUCGAAACGAUAUUUGUGACCAGUUUGCAUGAAAUAACAGAACAUUAAUUUUGAUCGGGAAAGAAAAUAUUUGUAUUUUUCUUCCCCCCUCAUUAUCUGAUUCCUACGGUUAUUUUAAUACAUCCCUGUUCUAAUGGCAACCUCGCCUCACUAAAGGGUGAUUGCUUGGUUAAGUUCUUUAAUUUUAUUAAUUUGAACUUUUAUUUUUCAUCACACGAUUAUUAAUCUUGUGAUUGAUUUCCUCUGCAACCUUGCUUCACUGAAGGUAAUGGUUGGGUUUGCUUUAAGUUCUGUUAAUUUUAUUAACCUGAACUUUUUCUAUCACUCAAUUUUUGUGAAUCUGUUUGAGUAAUUUCCUUUUGCAACCAGGUUCCAUGGAAACUAAUGGUUGGCUCGCUGUAAGUUCCUGAUUUUUAUUAAUCUGAACUUUUAUUGAGGGAUCACUAUUUUAUUAAUCUCUGAUUAAUUCCCUUUUGCAACCAUACUUAACUGAAGGUAAUGGUUGACUUAAUUUCUUCAAUUCUAUUAAUUGAACUGUUGCUGAUUACCCCAUGUGAGUUAUUAAUCUUCUCAGAUUAAUCUCUACUGUGUUUUAAGUUGAAUCUUCAAUUUAAAGUUAUUUAAAGAUUCCUCCCUUUUAAUUCACUUUAUUAAUUCCUUUCAGUUGGGUCUUGCUUCUAAGGUGAUAACCAAUACCCCAGUCUCUCAGGGUUUGUUAUCGGUUUAAUUUCUUCUAAUCUGGGUGAUAACGUGAGCUGACUUCGUUAAUAAGUGUAAUCUCUUGCCAGAAUCCCAAGCGAAGCGCUGGGGCCUGGAUCGUGAGCUGAGGUGUGGUUAUUAAUGGCAGAGAGCUCAUCGCAGUGGACGGAGAACCAGCAGAGGGGGACAUGCAGGCUGAUAGAGAUCGACCGACAGGCAAGUCUGUUCUUAGGCUGGACCCAAAAGUGGUGAGCCCGGUCAUCUCAUCCCCUGAGCCCCCUGGUCAGACACCACCGUGAGUAAGCCAAAAAUUAAUUACCCGAAAGGAGCUGCGGCCCUUCCCAGUUUUCACUGUUACUGACGCUGAAGAAGCAGCUCAGCGUUUUCUUAAAGUAAACCAGAGAAGAACAACCAAGGCGCAGACGCCGUACCUCAGAGCGAGGGGGGUCCCACGUUUGACCUUUUUUAGCAAAAGAACACUGAACAGCUGCAUUACCUUGUAUGCAGCGGCCCCCUCACAAUUUUUCUGACCCUGAAGUGGAAGUCCGCUCCACACCUGAAAGGGGGGUAGGAUACUUUGGGGCGUUAAAGAAAAUUCACGCCUACACACAAUUUCCAGGCUUCCACAGCCGACAUAAGUUAAUUUGUGUGUUUUUGUCGCCUAGCAAUUAAUCAAAGAGUGGUUAAAUUGUUGGCUUUUGAUUUUAGGUACAGUGUACAUACUGAAACCUAACUAACCCCUCCUUUUAUCUUUCAUCUACCGCACUUUAAGAGUGAUAUCACUGUGUUAGGUAAAUGAAUGAUGUUAUUGCUUUGAAUAUGUUUUUCUUUUCAUAUUUUUGUGCAUUGCUCGCCUAGUGGACUAACCAGGCUAGCCUCACGCCCCCAACCAGAGUUUAUGACCACAUGGACUGGUGCACCGUUGUUAGAUUCGACAACCAGACCCUGCAUUCCGGUUUUCGAUUCGAAGGGGGGAAUGUUGUGCGUCGCCCAUGUGAAAUCUGGACUUAUAAAUGUAUGAAUAUUUUGUGAUUUUGAGGACCUGUAAAACCAGACUUUGCCCCUUCUUCCUGAAGUCCUGCGACCCCCUGCUGCUAACUCCUGGUUAUCUCGGCCUGGGUCGAGAUAGUCCGUUUACGACCCCACUGCAUGGCCGGAGAUCAAAACAAGGACCCAGCAGGGUUUCUGCCAGGGAAAACAGACUUCCUUGGGGUUUUAUGACACCUAAGCAGGGGUCGGGAAGCAGCGGAGCCCUAAAACCAGGCCUCUUUGGACAGACACAAAACCUACCAGCAACCCCCCAGCCUGGAACUGGCUUUAAUGUGCCUCAUAAAAUGGCGACCGUGCCAUGAACCACAAUCCCAGCAUGCCUUGCGGGAUGGGGCGGCGCCUACAAGCGCGCGCAUCCAAUCGCAAUGAGGCACCGAUGACGUCACUGCAGCGCGCGUAGGAUCAAAACCCCUGCCGCUGCUUCUCUUCACUCUCUUCCGAUCAACCUCUCUUCCUGAGCAGCAGGACCAAAGGAUCCCAUCUCCCUUCUCUCCCCCCGGCUGGGGGGGAGGCGGAAGGCCCGCAACGGACCGGGCCUGCGGAGCUCCGGCUCCCAUUGACUCUCUUCUUCUCCUCUUCUACCCUUCUCAACUUCAUCUCAUCGGCGCUGGAUCUUUGGCCAGGCCAAAGCAUCCCAUCUCCUCUCUCUCCCCCCGGGCUGGGGGGAGGCAGGAGGCCCGCACCGGACCGGGCCCUGCGGGGUCCGGCCGUUGAAGCCGCGGUCCCCCGGGAGGCUCCGAUUUCUCACUAAACUCUGUUCCUCUUUAAGUUCACAGAUCCAAGCUUCCGACGCCCACGCGCUCCCGGCAACCAGAUCGGGACACAGCUGCGAUUGAGUUCUCUGACUGAACCCCCCCCUCCCCGCUCCGAGCCCCUGUCUGCGAACCGGCGCAGGGAUCGGGGACGGACGGCCGGCGUCUCGCCCGGCGUGAGCUCUCCCGGGGCCCGGACGGCCGCGCGUCGGCGACCGGCGCAGAGAGGGAAGCACGGCAGGAGAAGACCGGUCCCCCCCGCCGCGCCUAGGAAUGCGUGUGAGCCUCCGUUUGGUCCGGAACCACGGCCCGGCACGAGGCGGCCCCGCCGCUGUCUAAUCCGUUUCAGGGGAAGGGACGGGACGCGAUAUCCUGACUGCGAAACCCCAGCAGGACCGCAAACCCGGUCGACAAACCCGCAGGCCCCCGAUUCCGGAUCCCAGAGGAGACGUGAACCCGCGUAGCAGUGAUCAGUAGGAUUUAAGAGUGUUCAGAACUGUGUGUGAGAUUGUGAGACCUGGGUUAUCAGUAACUUAAGAGUGUUGCAGAGCUAAAUCUGUGUUCAGAGCUGAGAUUACAUCAUCAUUGUUAUCAUUAUCAUGGUUGAUUAAUUUGUAGUCACUACUUUCUGCUAGUCAUUCAUGUUUUAAAGCGCUGUUUUCUGCAGUUGAUCACGGUUUAACACCGGGAUCACCAUCCGGUCCGAUGGCACGUGGCCCAGAGGGCGCGUCCAUCUUUAACAGACCACAGGAGCCUCGUUUGAACUGUAGAUGUUCUGUAUCUUCAUUAUUAUUACAUUUGAUUCUUUUCUUUUCAUUCCAUGCAUUUAACGUUUAUGUUUCAUUUUAUUGAUUGUUGUUUUUCUAGUUAAUUAAUUGUUUUAUGGAUACUUAAGCCAUUUCUGCCAUCAGAUUUAUUUGGGUGUUGCGUUUAUCAUCUUUUGACACCCGUAUGUAAAUAAAUUCUGAUUGAUUUCUUUAUGAGUGGUUGUGUUAUUUCAUGCAAGAUUUGGUCACAAAUUGAUUUGUUUAAGCAGAGCCUAGUGUUCGGAUAUCACGCCUUCACUGUUAUUCUGUAAGAUUUGCUGUUCUGCAGGAUAAUUCAAAUCAUAAUGAGACUGAUUUUCUGCUGUUAGUUAUCGAAUCCCACCGGAAGUAAGGCCCCGGCGGUGGUGCCCCUACGAGAAUUAUCAUUUUUGAUAAUACAAUUUGAUAAAUAGUCAACUUUAUUAAUUAUUAAUAAUUCUUUAAUAGAAUUAUCAUUAGCCUUGAUAACUGGACAGCCAAGCUACCUAUGAGUUGCACAACAUCAGCAACCUCAAACAAAUAUCAGAGAUGUCUCGGCCUUCGUCUCCAGGAGACUGCACUACUGAACGGCUCUUCUGCCAGAAUAAACUUUAAAAUGUUGUCAGUUUACAAAUCAAUCACAAUACAGGGCGGAAAUACAUUUCUUUCCAACGAUAUAUUUAUUUAUUUCAAAACAUAAUAGUACAUACAUACUGUAUAAUCUAUACCAGUGGUUCUCAAAUGGGGGUACGCGUACCCCUGGGGGUACGUGAAGGCACUCCGGUACGUGAGAUUUUAAAAUACACAUAUAUUUAAAAAGUAGCAUCCAUGCAAAAAUCCUUUAAAAAUAAAUAUUUCAUAAAUAAUUGAGGAAAAUAUACGUCUAAAUUCAUAAAAUUAAUUUUAUCUUCAGGAGUAGGCUAUUCAACUUAUUAUCCUAAAACCGCAGAGUAUCCCCCACACCAGGAUGGUUCCACCUAACCUGUCAAUCACCUGGCUUCACCUGUCAAUCACUUGGACCAACGAUGGAGUCGAGGUUGAAGCAUAGCAGCAAUAUUUUUAUGUUUAAUAAAUCAGUUACUGAUGGCACAGUUCUCUGUUUUAGGUCUUUUUUUUUACAACCAAAAGUGCUUUGCGCUGGUAAGAGGGUACUUGGCUGAAAAAAUAUUUCACAGGGGGUACAUCACUGAAAAAAGGUUGAGGACCACUGACCUAUGGGACUCAAAACAUCUGCCCCAAACCGUAUAAAAAAUAAAUAAAAAAUCACUAAUGAAAGACAGGAAUUUUAAUACGUAAUAAAAUAAUUAUACAUUGCUUGAGUAAGUGAAAUAUAUAAAAAUAAAAUAGUUAAUAAAAUAAAAUAAAAAAUAAAAAAUGGGGAGAGUAGAAACAAAACCAAUCAUACACUUUUCAUACAAGUUUGCACUGCACAUAAAAUAGACAACAAUCACUCAACACAAGACAGUAAACCUUUUUGAAGCUACAGAGAUACUUAUGGAUCAUCCCCAGGUGUUUCCACCAAACCAGACAAGUCUUUAUUCGAAAGAAAGUUUUUAAAUGGGCCCCAGAUGUUAUCAAAAACAGAUUGCUUGGAAAUACAUUUCUGAUCUUGUAGAUUACAGACCGUGGCUCUUUAGGCUCUGAGGACUUCUGGAGGAAGUCGGCUGGUCGAGCCGCAAGUUAUGAACCAGACGGGUGAAAAAGCAUUUAGCUACGAUGCUGCGAACAGAGGGAAUAAACUGUUUGAUCUUGAAUCUGCUUUUAAAGCUGACUUUGAGUUGCCUUUGUGUAGAAAAUGUGCCUUACAAACAAACCUGCUUUGCCUCAGCCCUACUUUAGCCUUGCCUAGCCUUGACUUGGCCUUGCCUCACCUCACUUUUCCAAUGCCUCAGUCUCGCCUCAGCUCAUACUCUCUGAGACAGGUCUCUGCCUCGAUUUGCCUUGGGCUUACUUUGCCCUAGCCUCACCUUGACCUUGAUUUGGCCUUGCCUCACUUUACCUUGGCAUCAUCUCACUUUGCAUUGGCCUUGUUUCGCCUCGGCCCUGCCUUGAUUUGCCCUGGUUUUGCUUUGCCUUAGCCUCGCAUCACUUUUCCAUGGCCUAACUUUGGCCUUGCCUUGACGUGGCCUAAGGCCCUGUCCCAAUCCCCCCACUACCCCUACUUUUCAGCCCUACCCCUAAAUUUUGCACGUUCCCGUGAGGGUAGUGGUGUCCCAAUUCCUCUUUUCAUCUAGGGGGAGUGCGGAAAACGAGAGUAGUGGCUAUGAAUCUGUCCCUACGGAGCAAGGGUUUUCGGAUGCACCCUAGUUGACCUAGGGCCAGAAAAAAUUCCCAGAAUGCUUUUCGUCGUCAUUUGCGGACUGAAUCAAAAAAAAAAACAUGGCGGACAUUUCUUAUUUUUUAGUGAAUAAAAUCUAUAUUUUGAGUUAGUUUCUGCAUAAAAAUGCAUUUUGAUUACAUUUCUAGCGAGAAAUAUAUAUUUUACUUUCAUAAUAUUCACUCAGUGAACGUACAUAAUCACUCGUUUGCUCGUUGUUGCAAAAUCUUUUUCAAACCUCGCCAGAAUAAAGGCUGAUUUACGGUUCCGCGUUACAGAAGAGCCUACGGCGUAGGUUACGCAACGACGCGUGCCGUACGCCGUACCCUACGCCGUAGGCUCUGCGUCGAUUUAACUCGAUAAACUCAUAAAUCAGCUCCCGAGCCGGCAGGCUGUUCUCAUCCCGAAAGCGUCGGAUGAAAUUUCUUAACAGGCGUUAUUAGGAUAAACUGAGCCCAGAUUGGGGAUCUUAACGUUUACUUUUACGCCUGAAAAAAUAUUAAAACUUAAUAAAGUGGCAUAUUAACAGCGCUACAGCGGAAAUUAAAACAGCUUUUAUCUCUGGGCUUCCUGAUACGGUGAGACGUUUGUGCAAACGUAACUACGCAGUCGCUUACGUACCCGAACGUAAACCACGCAGUGACGUAGCAAGUGGUGUCCCAAUCCCUAGGGAACAUUACAAGGGCUCUACUCAUUUUUAGGGCUAGUGGUAGAAAGUAGGGGGUGUAUUGGGAUUGGUCUUAGUCUUGCUUUGCCAAAGCUUCACCUUGACCUUGAUUUGGCCUAACUUUUCCAUGGCCUCACUUUGGCCUAGCCUUGGGUCUGGACCUCAGCUCGGCCCAGAAAGACUCCAGGUUGGGCCGGACGGUGUUGCCCCGUUGCUGAAGGCAGAACCACCUAUAUCCGUCUCCUUGUCCUCUUCCAGUUUGUCUUUUCUUCUCCUCUAAAGUCACCCUCUUCUUUUACUGAGGUGGAAGAGCUUCAUA